AAGAGAUGAGAGCGCGCUGCUCGCUCCCCUCAGUGUAGAAGAAGAAGAAGAAGAAGAAGAAGUUGCAGAAGUCCCAGUGUCUCAGGCCAUUUUGCAGCGGUUGCUCCUCGGUUGUGGGAUCCGCGGCGGCCUCGGUCCCCUGUCCUCAGUGGAGGCUUCAGGAGGAUGCCGGGCCCGAGGAGGAGUCAUGAGAUCCAGUGUGUGUCGCCCGCGGCCCGACGAGCCCUCGCUGGGAGAAGAGCCGCAGGAAAGGCCGGGGCUGACGGGUUGGAGUAGGCCGCGGCCGGACGGCUGGGCUGGGGAAGGAGGGAGAGGACAGGCCGCUCCGGGGGAUCAUUGCGGGAGACUCGGCUGCGAGGCGGGGGCCCUGGCGGACAAAGGAGGCGGAGGAGCGGCCGGGGCGGCGGUGACAGGAGCCGGAGCUGCAACUACAGCGGCCACUGGGCACGGACAGGCCCCGGCCUCCACUUCCACGGCCCCGGGAACUCGCUGGAGACCGACGCUCAGAGGAGGCGCUGGGCCCGGCUCGUGCCUGAAGCAAAUCGUCCUCCUGCAGUUGGACCUGAUCGAGCAGCAGCAGCAGCGCCUCCAGCAGCGAGAGCGGGAGAUCGGGGAGCUCAGGGCCGACAAGGACACGCUCUUGGCCCGCAUUGAGCGGAUGGAAAGACGCAUGCAAUUGGUCAGAAAGGACAGUGAAAAAGACAGACCGCGCUCGUCUCAGACCAAGGAGCAGCCUGCAGAGAUGCCAGAGGGCCCCCUACCUGAGAGCGCCCGAGGGGGCAAGUUUCCUCCAGGGGCCUCACCUCACCUGACCAGCCUCACUUCCAAACCCUAUGGCUAUGGGCGCAAUGCAAAAGGACACAAAAGGAGAUCCACAUUCAGCAACGCAGAUCACAGGAGCCCAGUGAAAAGACUGACCUCUGACCUGGCCAAGAUAAAGGGCAAACUCAGCCAAUCACUGGCAGAAGCAGAGGACCCUGAAACUGGGGCGUCUCUUUCUGGGACUCCCUGCCAACGAGGAUUGCGCAACAAAGAGACCCCAGAGAAGUCGCACUCUCCAUUGGACACUCCCCUGAGAUCCACUUAUGGCUCCUCUAUUCCCCCCUCUCUAAUGGACAGCACUUCCGUUCAGUCAGACUUGCCCUACCUUACUACCACAGACAUGUAUCUUAGUCGCUGGCAUCAGCCUCCACCCUCUCCACUAAGAGAGCCCUCCCCAAAGAAAGAAGAGAGUGUGGCAAUUCCAUCAUGGAGAGAACACACGAUUGAGCCACUGCAGCUCACAGAGCCGUCAGAUAUCCCAGAGAAUCUGGAUGAUGCGGUGUUUGCAAAGAGACACGCAAAGUUAGAGCUGGAUGAAAAAAGGAGGAAGAGGUGGGACAUACAGAGAAUCCGUGAACAGAGACUCCUGCAGAGACUGCAGCUGCGGAUGUGCAAAAAGAAGGGGAACCAGGAAAGUGAGCCUGAGGUUACCUCUUUCUUCCCAGAUGUGGAUGAUGUUGAAUCUGUGAUGAUCACCCCUUAUCUUCCUGUCGUGGUGUUUGGUCGCCCACUGCCUAAAAUAACCCCACAGAAUUUCGAGCUGCCUUGGCUUGAUGAUCGGAGCCGCUGCAGACUUGAAAUGCAGAAAAAGCAGACCCCACACAGGACACCUCGCAAAUAGGUUGGACGGCCAGUCCCGUAAUAACCCUUUAAUGUAAUUCAGAGUGCAAUUGACAUGAUCAAGCCUCAUGGAAAGUGUUGCCUUUCAUCUUUAAACCCUGUGCUGCUAUGCCUUUCAGAGCAAUGUCCUGCAGCCCCGGACAGACUUCUAUUUAUUGGCCAAAUAAUAAAAGCUUAUUCCCUCUGACCUCAAGCCUGUAACAGAGUUGGGAGCUUGCGGCUGAAACCCAAGUCUUGCAAUCUCCCAUGUUGUUGUGAAGUGGGGGUAUAGAUGUCAUAAUGCCUAACACCCCUAUACACGGAUACUCUCUUAGGAAUAUACUAGUAAUGUUUACCACUCCCUUAUUGGUUCUUAAAAUGAAUUUGAAAUCUUUGUUGUACACACAGAUCCCAAAAGAGACUAAAGAAAGUGUAUAAAAUAAAUCAAUUAGUUAAUCUAUUCACCCAAGCUUUUUUGUCGUAGCCCGUCCCAGUAUCCCUGCUUCACAUAGAGGAGUGUGGGAGCAGUUUAUAGCCAGACCCAUCUCUGGGUACCGAUAGCUGAAACGUUGAGCCUUGGGGACAAUCCAAAAGAAACACAACCACAGCGUAGUGUUCCUCUUCUAUUGGCUUAUCUUUUUAAUAGAGAUUACUAUUAACUAGUACUUUUCAUAUUUGUCUAUGAAGCAUGUACUUUUCAUGUAUUCCUUCUGCCAGCAACAGAGUUCCCAGCAAACACACUGAUAAUGUAAUCCAUACUCCUGAUAGACCUAUUCGUAAGGGAAAGCCUAUGAACCAGUAGUGUAUAUUUGCACUGUCACUCUUAAUUGUAGAAUUAAUGCAAACAGUUACUGACACUGAAGGUGAGUAGCUGAGCCUGCCUGCAUGAGCUUGGAGAGCUAUAAACCUUCCUUUCCCAUUGCUUGGCAUAUACAAUGCUGUUCUCUUAAAGGAGAAGUAAAGUUUAGGUAAAAAAUUCAGAAUAUGUUGCAUAAGUUUGUGCCCCAGUCCCUGCAAGCCUCUGCAUGGCCCAUACACUUGUCAGCUCACUGGCCUCCAUGAUGUUGCACACCUGCAAGCCACUGGUGAACAUUGCGGCCAUAAACUGCUAAACGUGUUUUCAUCCUUCCUUUCUGCUAAACCGCUGGUUUAUUUUAAAACAUAAAAUAAGGAUAUAUAUAUAUAUAUAUAUAUAUCUAUAUUGGAAAGUAUGUUUACUUCUCCUUUAAUCAGACAACCGCAUCUUGCUGGUCAUUUAAACCACAAUUAAAUUUAACCCUUCCUUUUUCAUCUCUGCUCUGGCAAGACUGAGCGCUACAGCCCAGCAUAGAAAGUGUUAAAUAGAUUGAGAAUCCUCCCAAUAACAAGAGGGCAGUGGCACUUCCAACGUCGCCCCCCAGUGGGAAGGGGCUGCAACACAUUGCUCUGCAGAGAAGCGGGUGACUGGCAGAAAUUUUAGGUUGGAACGCAUUUACCCUUCUGGCAGACGUUUACAUUUCCCCCCGACUCUUCUCACCCCCCGCCUCCAGUUUUUUCUUUUUUUACUCUUAAUUGUAAUAUAAUGUUCAUGUAAAUAUUUUAAAAAGUCUGUGUUUUUCUUUUGUAAAUAAAUGAAUGAAAGAAUGGAAAGUGUGGGCAGGGAUUGAACGUGGGGGUUGAUGGGAAGCACUAGGAUAUGGCCAUUCCCAUGGGAAUACUCCCCUUUUUUACAAUAAAACUGCAAAGGUGA